GGAGGUUGCAGAAGGAGCGGAGCGGCUGCUGCUCAAUGGCGGAAAAGCCGCCGGUGCUCUGACCGCUUCGUCCCCCUAGCAGUUGCGGGGGAGUUUCCUGCCGGCGCGGCUGGAGUCUCUGUUUCUCAGGGUUCGGUGGCUGGAAGAUGCUCCAGAGAGACGAGGCUGCGGCGGAGGAGGUGGCGGCGGCCGAAUCGGCAACGGCACUAGGGUGGAGAGAAGGCGGCAGCGGCGGCGGCGGCGGCGUGCGGGGCCCAACGGUGUAAACAGCCCCGGAGGCGGCGGAGGCGGUGGCCAAGACCCCGAGGGGGAAGCGGCGGCUGAGCCAGGGUCGCGCCUCCGUUGGAAGCCUGGGCUGAGUGCAGCAGAGGGGUUCUGCGGCGGGCGCGAGCGGACGCCCUAGACCUCGCCUCCCUCCCUCGCCCCAGAUUCAUUACUAAACAUGGGUGCAUUUUUGGAUAAACCCAAAACUGAGAAACAUAAUGCUCAUGGUGCUGGGAAUGGUUUACGUUAUGGCCUGAGUAGCAUGCAAGGAUGGAGAGUGGAAAUGGAAGAUGCACACACAGCUGUUGUAGGUAUUCCUCACGGCUUGGAAGACUGGUCGUUUUUUGCAGUUUAUGAUGGUCACGCUGGAUCCCGAGUAGCAAAUUACUGCUCAACACACUUAUUAGAACACAUCACUAAUAAUGAAGACUUUAGGGCAGCUGGAAAAUCAGGAUCUGCUCUUGAGCCUUCAGUGGAAAACGUCAAGAAUGGUAUCAGAACUGGCUUUUUGAAAAUUGAUGAAUACAUGCGUAACUUUUCAGAUCUCAGAAAUGGCAUGGACAGGAGCGGUUCAACUGCAGUGGGAGUUAUGAUUUCACCUAAGCAUAUUUACUUCAUCAACUGUGGUGAUUCACGGGCUGUUCUGUAUAGGAAUGGACAAGUCUGCUUUUCUACCCAAGAUCACAAACCUUGCAACCCAAGGGAGAAAGAGCGAAUCCAAAAUGCAGGAGGCAGCGUAAUGAUACAGCGUGUUAAUGGUUCAUUAGCAGUGUCUCGUGCUCUGGGGGACUAUGAUUACAAGUGUGUUGAUGGCAAGGGCCCAACAGAACAACUUGUUUCUCCAGAGCCUGAGGUUUAUGAAAUUUUAAGAGCAGAAGAGGAUGAAUUUAUCAUCUUGGCUUGUGAUGGGAUCUGGGAUGUUAUGAGUAAUGAGGAGCUCUGUGAAUUUGUUAAAUCUAGGCUUGAGGUAUCUGAUGACCUGGAAAAUGUGUGCAAUUGGGUAGUGGACACUUGUUUGCAUAAGGGAAGUCGAGAUAACAUGAGUAUUGUACUAGUUUGCUUUUCAAAUGCCCCCAAGGUCUCAGAUGAAGCAAUGAGAAAAGACUCAGAGUUGGAUAAGUACUUGGAAUCACGGGUGGAAGAAAUUAUGGAGAAGUCUGGUGAGGAAGGAAUGCCUGAUCUUGCCCAUGUCAUGCGCAUCUUGUCUGCAGAAAAUAUCCCGAAUUUGCCUCCUGGGGGAGGUCUUGCCGGCAAGCGCAAUGUUAUUGAAGCUGUUUAUAGUAGGCUGAAUCCACAUAGAGAAAGUGAUGGGGCCUCCGAUGAAGCAGAGGAAAGUGGAUCACAGGGGAAAUUGGUGGAAGCUCUCAGGCAAAUGAGAAUUAAUCAUAGGGGAAACUACCGACAACUUCUGGAGGAGAUGCUGACUAGUUACAGGCUAGCUAAAGUAGAGGGAGAAGAAAACCCUGCUGAACAAGCUGCUACAGCUACUUCUUCGAACAGUGAUGCUGGAAACCCAGUGACAAUGCAGGAAAGCCAUACCGAAUCAAAAAGUGAUCUUGCUGAAUUAGACAGCUGUACUGAAGAUGCAGGGACAAAGAUGAGUGGUGAAAAACUAUGACUUUACUUUGUAGUAAUAUUUUUGUGAUCUUUGAUUUGAUGGUUUUUACUUAGGAAGUAUAAUGUAUGCAUUUAUAUAACCGUUUUGUUAUUUGAAUCUUGGUAAACUAGUUUUAUUAUAGUCAUAUAGCCUUGUUUUUUCAGAAGGCCUUUGCAUACAUCUUUAUCAGAUAGCUUAAAAUUGGCUAUUUAGAGUACUUUGAAUUUAAUAAAAUUAUGUCAUUUCAUAUUGUAUGCCAGAAAUGAGGCUACCAGUUAUUAAAGUCAGUAGUUAAAUUCAUACUCAAUAGGAUUCGAGAUUACCGAUUAGCAAGAUUACUUUACGUUGUGGAAGAACUUGUUAAUGUAGAAUUAUACUGCUUCACGUAUUAGUACACUCAUAGUUAGCUUUGUAAUAAAUUUAUGUUUGCUUUAGUAAUUUUAGUUCUUCAAAGAAUGGCAGAUGCUGGCCUGUAAUUUCUUUUUUCAAGGAUGAUAAUUUGUGUGUUCUUUGACUUAUUUAUAUUUUACAUCUCUGUAGUUUUAUUUUUUAGUAGUUCUGAGGUACUGGAUGUGUGGUUAUUUUUCCUUUCUCUGUAUUCUUUAUGAAACAUAAUUUUUGAAAAACCUAUGUAUUAUUCAUACAGCUUUGGUUUGUAUAUUCUGUAUAGCCUAACUACAUACAUCAAAAUGUAUGUCAACCAAGUGUUUAGAAUGAAAUUAUAAGUGUUUAAGUCCAAAUAAAGCAUGUGAUGUGGA